CUCGCGAUGGCCAUGGGGAUUCUUGUGGUCUUCCAUGGCUGUUAUGAUCGGCGAGUCGUCGGCCUUGGUUUUCCGAUGACCGACGACAUGAUGGUGUCGAUGCGAGUCGCUGAUCGGCGGCGGUAUGGCUGAGAGGAAGAAGACGAUGGGUGGAGAAGAGUGGACUGGACCGCGAACAUGGCGCAUAGCCGUCAACGUGAUUUCAUGUUUUGUGAGCUUUGUGGAACGAUGCUCUCUUUCAAAUCGCGCAAGUAUGCGCGGUGCCCUCUCUGCAAAUCCAAGCGAAGCAUGAAAGAUUUUGCUGGAAAGGAAAUAACUUAUACCUUCACUGCCGAGGACAUUAGAAGGGAGCUGGGCAUAGUAUCACUAGAUGAAACUAAUGAAGAACAGCAGAAAAAACAAAUGGAUCACAGCGUUAAAUGUAAGCAGUGCCACCACCUGGGGCUUUAUUUCAUUACUAGACAGAUUCGAUCUGCCGAUGAAGGACAAACUCUUUUCUAUGAUUGCCCGAAUUGUGGAUAUAGUUACAAUGAGAACUCAUGAAAUCAAGAAUGGGUGGUGUGGUGAUAUAUGCAGUGCAUACAAUGCCACGCGGGAAACACAUGCACUGGGGUAUGAAGAUUGGAUCCAGCAGAACUUAGCCAAGGUCGUUAGUUGUUCAGUCAAAGUUUGUUUUCUUUUUUUAAUUGAAUAAUCCCAAUUAUGCUGAUCUUCAGCAGAGACUGGGUCAAGUUGUUUCCUUCUUUUUAGCUUUGCUGUUAUCUUUUUUUUUUUUUGGCUAUAAAUAUAGCUUGAAGUGAAAUAAUGAAGUAUUGAGAAUCAAUUCCCACAUAUUCUACUAUUUUCUUCCUCAACUCUACUUCUUUUGCU